AGGUCUCAAAUCGAAACAAGUUUAUGCUCCCGCGUUGUGUGUGCGUGUCCUCUCGCCGGCGUCAUAACGUUUCAGGCUUUUUAAGUAUGGGUAAGAAAGCUCUACUAAUCCUCGCCGAAGGCGCGGAAGAGAUGGAAGCGAUUAUCACAGCCGACGUAUUGCGAAGAGGCGGCGUCGACGUUACCAUAGCUGGCCUCACCGGCGCCAGCCCAGUGAAGUGCAGUCGAAAUGUUGUCGUUGUGCCAGACAAGAGUUUGGACGAAGCCACGUCGCAGUGUCCUUACGAUGUAAUCGUUCUACCCGGCGGGCUGAAAGGAGCUGAGAGCUUGGCAGCGAGCCCAGCUGUCGGCAAGUUGCUGAAGGAGCAGGAAAAAUGUGGUCGACUCAUCGCUGCAAUUUGUGCAGCUCCUAUUGCCCUGAAGAGUCAUGGCAUUGGUCACGGAAAGCUAGUCACGUCACACCCCUCCAAGAAAGAAGACAUCUGUAAGGGUGACUACAAGUACAGCGAGGAUAGAGUUGUCGUCGACGGUCAACUGAUUACAAGCCGCGGCCCGGGCACGGCCUUUGAGUUUGCCUUGGCCAUUGUCGAGAAGCUGGAAAACAAACAAGCUGCAGAAAAGCUGGUGCCGCCAAUGUUGGUCAAAGUGUGACCCGAGCCAUCACCACCGAAGAGUUGUUAAUUGCCCUAACCCAUCUGUUUCGUUGCUGCUGGCAGGUCUAGCCAUGGUUAGAGUUAGUGUAUUUCCUUACUUCUGACGAAAUAAAU